AAAUGCAACCUCAUUCUAUUGAAAACCAGGAUAAUAAUGUGAUGGAUGAAUUAACUGGUGAUGCCAUUGAUAAUCUCUUUCUACUGAAACUUGGCUGGGCUUUAAAAAGUAAUCAAAUAUUGGAUAGAUGGAAUACCAAUCAAAUGUCAGCUACUCAAAUGGUAAAAGAAUUAGAUAAGUUGACCAUUGAGGAUGAAAUUGAAUCAGAUGACAUACCUGGUAUUCCAAUGGUAGAAAGAUGGAUUACUCGGUAUACACAAGCUUUAAGAUGUGAGACGGCAGCUGAAAAACAGAACAUAGUUGGUAAUAACAAUGAGGAAAGUCAGAUAAUCUGA